UGAAACGUCACGUUGUUAAUUUCCCUAUUUAAAAGUUUUAUUUAAUAAUUUGUACAGUCAUGAUUCCCAAAAGUUGCAUGAUAUUUUUAGGUCGGAACACAAAAUGCUUUAAUAAAUUUGCCUCAAGACAAUAUUCUCAUAAUGGACCAGUUAAAACAGCGGUAGUAAUGUUAAAUAUGGGAGGCCCUCAAAGAACGGACCAAGUCCAUGAUUACUUGCAUGGAAUAAUGACUGACAGAGACAUGAUACAGUUUCCUUUUGCCCAAAAUCAUUUAGGUCCCUGGAUCGCAAAGAGACGAACUCCUGAAGUUAAAAAAAAAUAUGAUGAAAUUGGUGGAGGAUCCCCAAUUUUAAAAUGGACAAACAUACAAGGAGAAUCUUUAUGUAAAAAGUUAGACAUUAUAUCACCUUCAACAGCUCCCCAUAAGCAUUAUGUGGCAUUUCGAUAUGUAGAACCUUUUGCAGAAGAUGCAUUUAAGGAAAUUGAAAAGGAUGGUCCUGAGAGAGCUAUUCUAUUUUCACAAUAUCCUCAAUACUGUUGUGCAACAUCUGGUUCAAGUUUCAAUUCUGUAUAUAAAUUACUUCACAAAUCUGGCAAACCUUCAAAUCUUAAACUCAGCAUCAUAGACAGGUGGUCUGUACACCCACUACUAAUUAAAUGUUUUGCUGAUUUAAUUAGAAAAGAAUUGAAUACUAUUUCAGAAGAUGUAAGAGAUGAUGUAAUUAUAUUAUUCUCAGCACAUUCCAUACCGUUAAAGACUGUUAACAGAGGAGAUCCUUAUCCUUCAGAAGUUGGUGCUACUGUUCAAAUGGUUAUGCAAGAAUUGAACCAUUCUAAUCCAUACCAACUAGUUUGGCAAUCAAAGGUUGGCCCCCUACCAUGGUUGGGCCCGUUCACUGAUGAAGCUUUGACUAGAUAUGUUAAAAAGCAAGGGAAGAAGAACUUUCUUGUAGUGCCUAUUGCAUUUGUCAAUGAACACAUUGAAACUCUACAUGAGUUGGAUAUUGAAUUAUGUCAUGAACUAGGGGAAAAGUUAGGAGUGAAAAAUAUUAGACGCGUACCCACUCCCAAUGAUCAUCCACUAUUCAUAGAAGCUCUUGCUGAUAUUGUUGUGAACCACCUAAAAAAUAAAAUUCCUGUGGGACGAAAAUUUUUAAACAGGUGUCCGCACUGUGUUAACGCUAAUUGUUAUAAGAGCAAGUCUUGGUUUGCAGAAAAUUGUCAGAUUUAAUAAAGAAAAGUUUAAUGCUGUUUUAACUGUAUAAGGUGUUACAAAUAAAUUUUUGGACAAAAAAA